AUGAAUCCCUUUCACCAACAACGGGCCGCUAAGGCCUGGCACCGAAUUGGCCUUGUAUCCGCACUACCGGAACUCGAGAAUGACGACGGCUAUCGGAUGGCCCCGAAAUGCAAAGCCUUCAACAUUCCCAAGGAUGGAUCGUCAGACCCCAAGGCUCCAGAAGAAGCAGAUCUGGAUUCCUCAAUUGAUUUGAAGGAUCAAGUUCUGGUGUUCAAAUAUAAAGGAAAAGUCCAUGCCGUUGAUCAUCAAUGCCCACACUCGUCCUUCCCUCUCUCGCAGGGUAAAUUGUUCGAUAUCGAGGAUUUCGGUAUCAAACUCAGCACCGGACUGACGUGUCCCAAACAUGGCUGGUCCUUCGACCUUUUCACUGGCAAGGGAGACCGAGGCAACUAUAACCUCAAAAUCUGGGAGAUAGACUUGCGAGAGCCUCCAUCGACCGCGGAGACUCCAAAUGAUGACAAGGAAGUCUGGGUGAGACGUAAGCAGCGAAUUGGCUGA